AUGCAGGUACAGCAAGAACUCGAUCGAUCCACAUGCCGUGGGUUGCUGUUGCUGGCCCGAAGAAACGAUCUCGAAUUCACCAAGGGACUCGUCAACACGAUGGAAACCCGGUUUGGAUUAGUGCCACAGCAGUUUGAAUACCACGCUUUGAUGUAUGCCUAUGGUGUCCACAAUAGAGCUGACGAUGCCUACGCUUUGUUGAAUGAAAUGCGCCAAAGAAAAUUGACGCCGAAUGUCUACACCUACAAUACCCUCAUUGGAUGUUUCAAACGUCAGAAUAAUCUCAACAGGAUCAUUGAGCUAUUCGAACAGAUGGAAGAGCUAAAUAUCAAGCAUGACGUCGUAACGUAUAAUUCCAUGAUCGAUAUCAUGUCACGAAUCAAUCAAAAAAGCAAAGCCUACGAAAUGUACGAUAUGAUGCUACGCAAAGGGAUUCAACCUGACAUGUAUACCUAUUCGAUCCUGCUGAACAUUGCUAUCAAAGACGGAAAUGUCGCUUUCGGUCGAAAAAUCUGCCAAAAUAUUACAGAAGCCGCCGAUCGUUCCAAAUCGGAUGUGAACCUCGUCAACAGCAUGCUCUCAUUCUAUGCCGAAUCUGAAGAAGGUCUGGGCGAGAUCCUCGACAUGUACUACUCGUUGCCAAGCGCUUUUCCGCAUGUUCGCUGUGAUGUGGUAACCUACAAUACUUUGCUCAACGCAUGUCUGAAAAGAGAGAAUCCGAGCAAAGCCCUCACGAUUUUCCGCGACAUGAAGAAGGCCGGGAUCCAGCCUGACGUUGUGACCUACGGUAUUUUGAUCGAUGCGGAAGCGAAAAGCGGUGGUUUAGCGAAUGCUUUGAACUUGUUUGACAAGAUGCGUGAUGACGGGUUUCCACCGAACGAACGAAUCCUGAACAGUUUGGCGAACAUUGCCUCUUCACCAAAAACCAGUCUGGGUGCUAUCAUGAAACUGAUGGAUUACGUAUCAACAGUUGCAGAUCAAGGGAUUCAGCUUGACCGGAAAGCCUACAAUGCGAUCAUGAGCGGCUUGGCAAGAAAUGGGUGUUCAAUGCAAGCGCAGCAACUGUAUGAUGACGUUUUCAGACAUCAUCGGCACAAAGCAGACAUUGCAACCUUUACCAAUCUCAUACUAGCCUACAUCAACGAUCAGCAGACGGACGUGGCGAUGGAUAUCUACUACGAACUUCGUAAUCAUUACGAGAAUUUGCACACAUCUAGCGGAUCAGCCCCGGUGAUCGAAAUCGACCUUGAUGUUCCUUUCUAUACCUCAUUGAUUACGGCGCUGACACAUCAAGCAGAAAGAAUUCCCGAUUCAUCGCCAGAACUACUUUUCGCUCUCUCAUUAUUCAACGAUAUGCGCCAGCUGCACAUUCAGCCCAACGCUCACGCAUAUACCGCUAUUUUGCAUGCCUGCGGUCGUCACAAAGAUAGCUACGUGCUGGAGGAAAUUCAUCAACUCAUCAAAAUGGACUUGUACUUUGAUCCAGAUACAGCCGUCUAUAAUGCGUUGAUGGAUGCUUAUAACCGAACCGGCGAUGGCGAUACGGUUCUUCAGAUCUGGGAAACGCUCGCUUUGUCAUCGGCUCCGGAAGCAAUGAUCGAUCAAGUGUCCGUCUCCAUUGUUCUUGACAGUUGCGGUCAUAACGGCUACCAUUUCAAAGCGCAAAGCAUAUGGAAGAUGCUGAAGGACGAAUUUUUCCCACUGAAUAGCAACAAUUACAAUUCGUACAUUGAAUGCCUUUGUCGAAAAUCUGGUCGCGAUGGCUGGGACGAAGCACGACGGUUGGCUAAUGAGGAAAUGCUGCAUCCACACGGGAAAGCACCGAGUCUGAAGCGAGUGGAUCCCAGGAUGCCCAUGCUGGAAGAAAAGACGGUCAAUACGCUGAUUAGCUUUGCACGGAAAAAGAAGUUUAGCCAAACAGAAAUCGACGAUCUGGAGAAAUGGAAAGCUCAAUUGUUUCCGUCCAGCUAA